GAUACACACCGUAACUCACAGUAACGUGCACAUCAUGUCACACUAUAACUUUAAGUCCAUCACGGUGGUGCCCACUGCCAGUGAUUUCAUUGACAUAACACUUUCAAAGACACAGAGAAAAACCCCUACGGUGGUACAUCCCGGAUAUGCCAUUGCUCGUAUCCGCUCGUUUUAUAUGCGCAAAGUCAAAUUCACACAGCAAAACUACCACGACCGCCUUCAGGCCAUUCUCGAUCAAUUCCCCAAGCUAGAUGAUAUCCAUCCUUUCUAUGCAGAUCUGAUGAAUGUCUUGUACGACCGAGACCACUACAAACUCGCACUUGCCCAACUCAAUACAGCAUGUCAGUUAAUCGACAAUGUAGCCAAAGAUUACAACCGUCUUUUGAAGUUCGGAGAUUCUCUAUACAGAUGUAAGCAGUUGAAACGUGCUGCACUCGGUCGCAUGUGCACAAUAAUGAAGCGCCAGAACGGCUCACUACAGUAUCUAGAGCAGGUUAGACAACAUUUGGGCCGUCUACCAUCAAUCGACCCCAACACCCGUACGCUCAUUCUGUGCGGAUUCCCCAAUGUGGGCAAGUCCAGUUUCAUGAACAAGGUCACACGUGCCGAUGUGGAUGUGCAGCCAUAUGCAUUCACAACCAAAUCGUUAUUUGUGGGUCAUAUGGACUACAGAUAUGUGCGGUGGCAAGUGAUUGACACACCUGGUGUGUUGGAUCAGCCCUUAGAGCGCAGAAAUACCAUUGAGAUGCAAGGUGUCACAGCACUCGCACAUUUGAGAGCCACCAUCCUCUAUGUCAUGGAUGUCAGUGAACAGUGUGGAUACUCGCUGAAAGAACAGGUGGAUCUGUUCAAGAACAUCAAGGCGCUCUUUGCCAACAAGCCCGUCAUGCUACUACUUAACAAGGCCGACAUCACCCGCCCAGCCGACCUUUCCGAGGAAGACCAACAAUUACUAAAGACGCUAGCAGAGGAAAACCCUGAGGUGGAGGUCAAUGUCAUGUCCACGCUCACAGGCGAGGGCGUGACGGAGGUCAAGACGCGUGCGUGCGAUCGCCUCAUGGCCAUGCGCGUGGAAAACAAGAUGAAGACAGGCAAGGCCAACGACGUGCUCAACCGCGUGACUGUGGGUAUGCCCAAGGCACGCGACACCAAGGAACGGCCGGCGUUCAUCCCCGCGGGUGUGGCUGAGAAGAAGGCGGCUAUGGCCACGGGCGACCAACCCAAGCGCAGGACGCUGCAAGACAAGUACCUGGAGGACGGUCCAGACUACGACUUUGACAUCAGAGAGCACCACGACCUGGCCAACCCCGAGUGGAAGUUCGACCCCAUCCCGGAGAUUUUGGACGGCAAGAAUGUCCAGGACUUUAUUGACCCAGAAAUCAUGCGGCGACUGGAGGAGCUAGAGGCCGAGGAAGACGAGCGCAUUGCCAACGGCGUGUACGACAGCGAAGACGACGACAUGGACGAGAACGAAGCAGAGCUGCACGAACUCGCCAGCAAGAUCAGGCACAAGAAGGUUAUGAUAGUCAACGAACACCGCGAGAACAAGCGCUUUGCCGGCUCACAGAUGCCCAGGGCUGGUCUCGCGCAUCUCAAGAAGCGCAGUGAGCUGGAAGACCACUUGUCUGGCCUGGGCAUUGAUGUCAAACCCCGUGGACGUGAUAUGGCUGAGGACGAAGAACCAUCCCGUGGACGAUCCAAGACACCCGCACAGAACCGCAAGAGGAAACGUGGUGAGAGUGAGGCUGUUGAAGGCGCCCCACAGGACGGCACGGCGGUGCACGGCAAGAGCGUGGCACGUGCACGCUCAGUGUCACGUGCUGUGUCCACCAAGCGCACGCGUGAGGACACGGGUGUGAUGGACGUCAAGCAGAAGGCCAAGACGAAUGAGAUCAUGAAAUUGAAGCAACGCCCUAUGAUCCGAGCGGGUAAGGCCGGUGAGGCCGAUCGACAUAUUGGUACCAAGAUGCCCAAGCACUUAUUCAGUGGCAAGCGCGGUAACGGAAAGACGGACCGACGUUAAAUAUAAUGGAGCACACGACGUGCGUAGUUGGGCUGCACAACGCCAUGUGAGCUGUAGUAAGAUGACUAGUUUUAUGACCAUCUACACAUGGGAACUGCCUUCUUCAAGAUUAGAGUUACCAACGGCAAAUGGAUAUAUGAAGUAAUUAAUUUGGAUAACAUGAGGAGCCUUAGUGGGGUGCUUGAUGUCCAUGAAAUUGUAAAUAGGUUAGUCGCAAUAAACUUGUAUAAUUAUGCGAA